AAAAGAUGGAAGCUUGGCUCUGAAGCGGAGACACUACCCACCCCCACCUGGCCACCUCCCUCUCUUUCCCUUUUCUUCUCUCAAAAAACAAAACAACAAUACAAAAAAACCAAUCUCUCUCUCUCUCUCUCUCUACUCAUAUCCCUUCCAUUUCCAUCUCCGUCUUCAUCUUCAUCCCUACCCUACUUUCUCUCUCUAUACACAAAAUCUAUACUCUUUCUCUCUCUCUCUCUCUGUCUUUGCUUCUUCAAGCCUCAAUACAUGAAAAGCUAGCAAGGAGAUACAGGAAGCUAAAGAAAGAAAAAUAUAUAGGGUGUGAAAGUGAUGACAGUCACGUCUUACCUUCCAAAAACCUUCCUUGAAUCCAACUCUACUCCACAUUCAUUUCCCAUAACUUGGUCUUCCAAUCCAUAGUCUAUUAGUCUAUACACAAACCCCCACAUAAAGAUCUAAUAAAAAAGAAAAGUCCCAUUAUCAUAUUUAGCUAAAAAAAGCGAAAAAGACUCUUUCUUGGUUAACAAAACAUGACUGAGGUACUCCAAUCCCCAUCUCACUUCCAACCUUCACCUUCAAGCUCUUCCACACCUAAUGAUAGCUCACAUCCACAUGCCCUUAUAGAAGACCAUUUGGAAGAGGAAGAAGUUGAAGUUGAAGUUGGAGUUGGAGUUGGUGAUAGGAAAAGGAAAGAAAGAGACAGAGAAGGUGACCAGCUGUCUCUUUUGACACUUUUAGUGGCUGCUUUUAGAAAAUCUUUAAUUGGGUGUAGUACUAGUCCUGCAACUGCGGCUGCUUCUGCAAAGCUUUCUUCCAUGGAGAUUGGUUGGCCUUCUAAUGUUAGACAUGUUGCCCAUGUCACCUUUGAUAGGUUUCAUGGCUUUCUUGGCUUGCCUGUUGAGUUUGAACCUGAAGUUCCCAGAAGGGCUCCUAGUGCCAGUGCCCAUGUUUUUGGAGUUUCAACGGAAUCUAUGCAGCUUUCUUUUGAUGCCAGAGGAAAUAGUGUGCCAACAAUACUGCUGAUGAUGCAAAGACACUUGUAUGCACAAGGGGGGUUGCAGGCAGAAGGAAUAUUCAGAAUUAAUGCUGAGAACAGUCAAGAGGAGCAUGUUAGGGACCAAUUAAAUAGGGGUAUAGUACCGGAUGGCGUUGAUGUGCACUGCUUGGCUGGUCUUAUAAAGGCUUGGUUUAGGGAGCUUCCAUCUGGUGUUUUGGACUCCCUCUCUCCAGAGCAAGUGAUGCAAUCCCAGUCAGAAGAGGAGUGUGCUCAGCUUGUGCGGUUCCUUCCCCCAACAGAGGCUGCUCUGCUGGACUGGGCUAUAAACCUAAUGGCAGACGUUGCACAAAUGGAACACCUGAACAAGAUGAAUGCACGCAAUGUAGCUAUGGUAUUUGCCCCUAACAUGACUCAGAUGGCAGAUCCUUUGACUGCAUUGAUGUAUGCAGUCCAAGUCAUGAAUUUUCUCAAAACUCUUAUUGUCAAGACAUUAAAAGAGAGAGAAGAGUCUAUGGUAGAGUCAGGUCCUGUUUCUCGCCCAGAGCCUUCUGAUGAGGAUGGUCAUCAAAGCUCUUCACAGCCAUUUCUUGAGGAGGCCAAAGAGGAGGACAAGAGUGACGAAGAGAAAUUCUUUAUUGCUGGAGAACCUGAUUUAGAGAGUCCUAGCCACCUGAUUCGAGAUGACUCUAAAACUGAAUGCACAACACAAAACUUCUUAACUUCAAUUGAAAAUGUCACUCCUGGGGGUAAUCAGUCUCUGGUUGAUAAUUGUCCUUGUGAGGUUGUAUCUCAAGUUAAUUCCUUGGCAACUAGAGUCCAAGAGGGUGUUGAUGCUCUAACAGGUGCAAGUGGAGUGGUUCAAACAAAUAUUUCCAAGAGGAGAACUUGUGUUUCCAAGAGAACAGGUCAAUCAAGUGUUUCUAAUUUCAAGAAGGGAUCGAAAAACAUCAAUGAAGGCCUGAUCUCUCGGGCAGCAGGACCUGCAGAGAAAAUCAAGGGACCUGGAAUUGUUGGGCGUAUAAACUCAAGGACCGAGCUGGUUGAAGCUUGGCGGUGAAGGAUGUUCAGAUGCUGUUUCUAGUAGUGUUGUCAGCUGGUGAAACCUGUUGGCAUGUUGUGUUUUCAUCUCUGGAAAUAUUUGUGUAUGAUUUCAUGUGUGCACUUUUACAAUGUUAUUUCGAGUGGGUUUCUUGGAAGUUUUCUUGCUUCAUGUUCAACUUGUCCUUAACCAGUUCUAACACUUCUCUGUAAUUUCGUAGUGCAGCCUUUAAUCGAUUUGAAGUUCCUUA